AUGACAACCGACAAACCAAAACCAACCACAAAACCACAACCCCCAGAACCCCGAAACCACCUCUAUUUCGACCACUGGCAAUCAGCCUCAACAGGCCACCAACGCGCAGCCGAAGGCGGUGGUUUUCUCGGCUCGACAUCAUGGCGAGAUGCACGCUCGGCGAAAUUAACCAAGCAAUAUCAAAGCGGGGAUUGUCUUCCAGCACGGGGAAAUGGAGCUGGAGUUGGAGUGGGAGUAGGAGUGGGAAAGGGAGUGGGAGUUGGGGACAAAGCAACAAAAGACUCCACACUCGUGCCAGGUGCAUUCAAUGGGAAAUACACAUCACAAUCACCGCCUGCGAUACCGGCUUCCGGUGAAUGGGCUAUGGUAGCCGGGGAUGUGGCGAAGCGGAAUGAACUCGGUGUUCGGGAUAUUCGGUCGUUUAUGGGUGUUAGCAAGAGGAAGGCUGUUGAUGAGCUUGAGAAGGAUACUAAGAUCGAGAUGAAGAGGAUUAGGACUGUUGGUGGAGCGGGGCGGAGUUUGAGUCCGGCUCGGGGUGGAACGAAACAGGAUAUGGAAACGGAAACGGAAACGGAAAAGGAAAAAGAAAAGUCUCAAAUAGAAGACAAACCACAACACGACUCUCCUUCUGGAACCAUCCUCGACCUGAAAUCAACUUCGAGUAUCUUCGCCGGUGUUACGAUCUUCAUUAAUGGCUCCACGCUCCCCCGGAUCUCCGAGUACAAACUUAAACAUCUGCUUGCUUCAAACGGGGCGAAGAUUUCUAUCUACAUGGCUCGGAAGACAGUGACGCAUAUUCUCGGGGGAGGUCUUGCUGCCAGUAAACUCCAGCAGGAAAUUGCCCGUGGAGGGUGGAAAGGUGUGAAGGUUGUUAGUGCCGACUGGGCUCUAGAAAGUAUCAAAGCUGGACGUCGUCUUGCCGAGUCCCGGUUCCCUGGUAUGCAUGUUGCGGCCAAGGGGCAGCAGAGUGUUGCUGGGAUGUUUGGUGUGCAGGGGUUAAAGAAGUGA